GGGAAGAGAUUGGUGCAAAAAGCGAACGACUCGGUGAGUAAUGUUGUUCUCAACGAAGUAUCGCACAAUUUUACGGCCGAUGAUUUGCGAUAUUUGCUGCCUAGAUGGUACGAUGCGGAAUUGAAGAAACAACUGGAAAACGCCGUCUUAGUUGAUGAGACUGACAUCAUGAGAUUGAAAGAAACAAGUGAACUACCCAAAUCGGCAAUAAAAAUUUACUGGAAAACACCAACAGAGUUCCAACGAUUAUCUGGGAUAUUUGGUGAUGUGUUCUACUCGCAGGGCGACCUAUGCUCAACAUGCUACAACGGUAUUAUGCAUUUGCAUUGGCGUUCAGUGCCGCUAUUCAUAAUAAGUCUCAACCAAAGGUUCUCAUAG